CGUAAAAGCACAGUUGGUGUCUGCUUCCGAGAGAGAACGAAAGUGUAGAUUUUCCAGCGAAAACCAUCUAGCUCUUUAUUAUUCAGAACUAAUAGCUAUGGCUGAUGCACAGGCUCUCCGAGAGGAAGGCAACCAGCAUUUUAAGGAUGGAAACUUCGAUCUUGCUCUGUCCUGCUACACAAAGGCUCUUGAUCUGGGACUGGCCAAGGAGACAGAGAUGUCGAUAAUCUACAAAAACCGGUCAGCGUGCUACCUGAAGCUUGGCCAGUAUGAAACAGCCAUAGAGGAGGCGACAAAAUGCCUUGAAAUUACACCAAAUGACCCAAAGGCACUUUUCCGUCGUUGUCAAGCCUACGAGAAGAUGGGUAAGGUGCAAGAAGCAUUUAAGGAUGCAGCAGUACUCAUGAAAGUGGACCCGAAGAAUUCUGCCGUCCAUGCCAUAUUUAAAAGACUGAAUCCCAUUGUGCAAGGAAAGAUAAAGGAACAGACGAGCACAGUGUCUCGAGUAUCACAGAUGUUCGACAUGGCCUUUGACCCCUCUGUAGAACUGGCCAAGAGAAAACAGGCCACGAAUAACCUGAUAGUUCUGGCACGAGAAGAGGACGGUGCUCAGAUAAUGUGGAGGGAAAAUGUGCUGACAAAACUGAAGACUCUGCUUGAUGACCCGGAACAGGAGUUGGUGCUAAAUGGCCUGCGAGUUUUGUCCUGUCUCAGUAAAGGCAGCAAAGAGAGAUCGGAGGCAGUAGCAGAAGAAUUUGGCGUUCCGAAGAUUCUCAAGUAUAUCGGUGUUAAGAACGAGGAAGUGUCGGCAGCGGCCGCCCAUCUCGUUCAGACUCUGAUCACGUACAUCACUGACCUGCACAAAUACAAGGAGGCCGUCAAGAAAUACGACGAGGACCGAAAGAAAGGGGAACCAGCCAGAUACCCGCAAAUCAAGCUCUCGGAGAGCGCUCUCAAGUUCGUGGAGCAGGUCUUCCUGCUGCUGAUAAACAUGAUCGGAAACGCGAAGGUGUCGCCGACGGGUCGCGACAACGCCAUCGAACUCAUCAUGAAGAACGUCACGUGGAAAGACGGCGUCAACUGGAGUAAGGAGUUCCUCAACACGGAAGGAAUUGAGCAGCUCCUGUUGGUCGCUGGGACGCUAGAACAGCACAAGACUUUACCUAUAACCCCCAAAUCAAAGAUGCAUGCCUCCGUUGCACUUUCUAAGAUCUAUGAUGAUUUGUCCACCGACCAACAGCGAAACACAUUUAAAGAUAAAUGUUCUGCAUACAUCAAAGAUCUGUUUGGAGAUGACAUCAUGGAAUCGAAGAUUGAGGCUAUUGAAGCCAUCUCUACCCUUCUACAAGGCCCGUUUGAUGUUGGUAACAUGAUUCUCGGGACGGAAGGUGUGGUACAGAUAAUGUUUGCCCUGGCCAACAGUGAAAACAGACUUCAUCAGAGAGUUGCGGUUGAGGCGAUUGUUCACUCUGCGUCGAAGAAGGACCGAUGUGCCGGAAUUCUGAAGGAUGCCGUCCCCGUCUUAAAGAAACUGUACGAGUCGUCUGAUGAUCAGAUAAGAGUCAGAUCUCUGGUGGGUUUAUGCAAGCUGGGUAGUUUUGGGGGUACUGAUAUCAGUGUGAAGCCCAUGCAGGAAGGUUCCACCUUGAACCUGGCUAAAAGCUGCAGAAAGUAUUUGACGAACCCUGCGAAGGAUGUGGACCUGAGAAAGUGGGCCACUGAAGGCAUGGCCUAUCUAACGCUGGAUGCCGACGUCAAGGAAGAACUUGUGAAUGACGUUCAAGCAUUACAGUCACUCUUUGAGCUGGCUACGAUUCCUGAGGCGAACGUCACGUACGCUGCUGUGAGUGUUCUCGUCAACAUCACUAACAGCUACGACAAGCAGGACAUAAUGCCGGAGCUCGUUGAGUUGGCCAAGUUUGCGAAGCAGCAUGUACCAGAGGAACAUCCUAAGGACACGUUUGAGUGCGUUGUCGAGAGACUACACAAGAUCGCUAAGGCAGGAGCCAUCCCAGCUCUGGUGGCACUCUCCGGGACAGAAAGCAAGAACAGCAAGGAGCUUAUUGCCAGAGUAUUUCUUGCUUUUGCGACGGAUGAAACUCACCGAGGACUCAUAGUACAAACAGGAGGAGUCAAGGCUCUCCUUUCUCUGUAUCAGUCCAGCACGGAAGUGGGGCAGCAGUUGGCGGCUCAUGCACUGGCUAAAGUUGGUGUCACAAUGGACCCUCACACAGCGUUUCCAGGACAGAGGAUAUAUGAAGUGGUUCGUCCACUGGUUUCCCUGCUGCAUGUUGACCGAUCAGGACUGCAGAAUUUCGAAGCUCUCAUGGCCUUGACAAACCUCGCAUCAGUUAGUGAUUCAGUCAGAACAAGGAUUGUCAAGGAGAAAGCAGUGUCUCUUAUAGAUCACUAUUUGUUUGAGGAGCAUGAGAUGAUACGCCGUGCGGCCGCAGAGUGCAUGUGUAACCUUGUCAUGAAUGAGCAGGUGGCGGAGAUGUAUGAGGGUGAAAACGACAAAGUGAAGUUGAUGGUUUUAUUGUGCAGCGACGAGGACGAACAACUCGUGAAAGCCGCGGCUGGCAUUAUUGCCACGCUGUCUCCUCGGCCACUCAUCUGCAAAAAAAUAAUUCAGGUAAAACCAUGGUUUGAGAUCAUCCAGGCGCUGGCGGUGAACGAGAACCGUGAACUACAGCACAGAGGGUGUCACAUCCUCAUGAACCUGAUGGCAUCCGACAAGGAAAUCGCGGAGAAGAUCGUCAACAGUGAGAUGCUGGAGGUUCUGAUGGCGAUUACGAAGAUCGAAGAUCCCGACAGACAGCUGGCGAAGAAAUGUGCCGAGCAGGCGCUGGAGACCGCCGUCGAAUUCGAACUGAUUAAACCACGCACCGAGACGUGAGGCACAAUAAAAGGAUUUUUUUUUUUCAAAAGCAA